AUGGAGCUCACCGGCUUUGACCUCUUUGCCUUGUUUCUUUGUUCAAGCAUCUUCGGCUUGCUCGUGUCGUCUGAGCUCAUCAGUGGGCGCGAGAUGACGCUUGUCGUAGCAGUGUUUGUGGCGGUCGUGACAAUGCUAUUCACGCAGUUUUCCACAAGCAAAGUGCUGGCUGACUUCCUGUCCAAAGACGUCAGCAGCAUUCACAAGAAGCAGCUCGAGGACCUGACAGAAGCCCAUGGCCGCCACACAGCUGGACUGAAGAGCGAGCAUUACGGCGCACAUGUGCGGCUACUGAAUAAGAUCAACGAUGCAAACGCACGGUUCGAUCGGAUUUACCACGAGUAUGAGCAAAUGUCGACAAGGUAUCAAGAGCAGAUGCGCAACAUGCAAGAGAAGGAGGACCGAAUUCAGUAUCUCGAAUCAAAGCUUGGGGAAUUCGGGCAGAGCAGGACUAAUCUUGCUCGGGUUCCUUUGUCUGCUCCGGCGCCGCAAAUCAGCUUUAUGAAACCACCACGUCGCCAAAGAUUCAAUGAGGGAAGCCGAUGGCCUCCUUCCAGGGGCCUGCUUCCCAGGGUUGUCGAAGCUGAGAACGAGUAG